AUGGAGUGGCAGUGGCUUAAGGACUGGUGGCGUUUGAAAAGAUGGAGGAACAAAAAAAAGAAAGAUCAAAGUGAUGAUGAGUUCUGCUACUGUGAUGAUUGUUUACCUGAUGGCGAAUUGGAGCUGUGUGAUUCCCUGGACCCGCACUGCGAUGGCGGGGGCAAGAGAGUGGUGGUUGGGGUUUGUGCGAUGGCGAAGAAGUCGCAGUCGAAGCCGAUGAAGGAGAUCCUCACCCGCCUCGACGAAUUCGAGUUCAUUAAGAUGCUCGUCUUCCCAGAGGAGGUUAUCCUUAAGAAGCCGGUCGAGGAAUGGCCGAUCUGCGACUGUUUAAUCUCAUUCCACUCCAAGGGCUUCCCGUUAGACAAGGCCAUACAGUACGAAAAAUUAAGGAAGCCCUAUGUAAUUAAUAAUCUCCACAUGCAAUACGAUAUCCAGGAUCGUCGAAGAGUUUAUGCUAUUUUAGAAAACGAAGGUAUAGAAAUACCUCGAUACGCUGUCCUAGAUCGAGACUCACCGGAUCCGAAACAUCAUGAACUAGUGGAAUCGGAAGACCACGUGGAAGUGAACGGCGUUGUAUUCAAUAAGCCGUUCGUAGAGAAGCCGGUGUCGGCUGAAGAUCAUAAUAUUUACAUUUACUAUCCCACCUCGGCCGGCGGGGGCAGUCAGAGGCUUUUCAGAAAGAUCGGAAGUAGAAGUAGUAUAUAUUCACCUGAAUCCAGAGUAAGGAAAACCGGUUCUUUCAUAUAUGAAGACUUCAUGCCGACUGAUGGUACUGAUGUGAAAGUGUAUACGGUCGGCCCCGACUAUGCUCACGCUGAGGCUAGGAAAAGCCCGGCGCUAGAUGGGAAGGUCGAGAGGGACUCUGAAGGGAAGGAAAUAAGAUAUCCAGUUAUAUUAUCAAAUCAAGAAAAACUAAUAUCAAGAAAAGUCUGCCUAGCGUUCAAACAGACUGUGUGCGGAUUUGAUCUGUUGAGAGCUAACGGCAAAUCGUUCGUGUGCGACGUGAACGGCUUCUCGUUCGUGAAGAACUCUAACAAGUACUACGACGACUGCGCCAAGAUCCUGGGCAACAUGAUCCUGCGCGAGCUGGCGCCCACGCUGCACAUCCCGUGGUCAGUCCCUUUCCAACUGGACGACCCGCCCAUAGUGCCCACCACCUUCGGCAAGAUGAUGGAGCUGCGGUGCGUGGUGGGCGUCAUCAGGCAUGGCGACCGCACGCCCAAACAGAAGAUGAAGGUCGAGGUUCGCCAUCCGAGAUUCUUCGAAAUAUUCGAGAAGUACGAAGGCUUUAAACGCGGUCACGUGAAGCUGAAAAAGCCUAAACAACUACAGGAGAUACUUGAUAUAGCUCGCUCGCUGCUCGCAGACAUACAUACACGACACGCCGACCCUGAGAUAGAAGAAAAACAGGGCAAGCUAGAACAACUCAAAAGCGUACUGGAGAUGUACGGUCAUUUCUCGGGUAUCAACCGUAAGGUCCAGAUGAAGUACCAGCCGAGAGGCAGACCGCGGGGCUCCAGCUCCGACGACGGUAACGCUCCCGGUAGUGACGGUGAGCCGUCUCUGGUGUUGAUUCUGAAGUGGGGCGGCGAGCUGACCCCGGCCGGGCGCAUCCAGGCCGAGGAGUUAGGACGGAUGUUCAGGUGCAUGUACCCCGGAGGACAAGGACGACAUAUACCAGGUGAAGGAGGUACUCAAGGGCUGGGUUUGUUGAGGCUACACUCGACGUUCAGACACGACCUGAAGAUAUACGCGUCGGACGAGGGUCGCGUGCAGAUGACAGCCGCCGCCUUCGCUAAGGGCUUGCUGGCUUUGGAGGGGGAACUCACGCCCAUACUUGUACAAAUGGUUAAAUCAGCUAACACCAACGGCCUGCUCGAUAACGACUGUGACUCAUCCAAAGUACAGAAUAUGGCGAAGGCUCGCCUACACGAGGCGCUGCAGGCCGACCGUUCGUUCAGCGCGUGUGACCGUGCGCGUGUAAACCCGUGCGGCUCGCUGAGUAUAGCGGCCGCGCUGGAGUUCGUUGACAACCCGGCGCGGACCUGCGCGCACGUGCACGGACUCAUCAACAGUCUGGUGAGGAUCGUGCUGGCCAAGAAGGACGACCCCAAGACUAAAGAUACAAUUUUAUACCACGGCGAGACCUGGGAGUUGAUGGGUCGUAGGUGGGGGAAGAUCGAGAAGGAUUUCUGCACAAAAAACAAAACCUACGACAUAUCAAAGAUUCCGGACAUAUACGACUGUAUCAAGUACGAUCUGCAACACAACCAACACACGCUGCAGUUCGACCUGGCUGAGGAGCUGUAUAUAUACGCCAAGUACUUGGCAGAUAUCGUCAUACCACAAGAAUAUGGUCUAACCGUUCAUGAAAAAUUGACGAUCGGGCAAGGAAUAUGUACACCGUUACUGAAAAAAAUAAGAGCCGACUUACAAAGAAAUAUAGAAGAAUCCGGAGAGGAGAACGUUAAUAGGCUGAAUCCAAGGUACAGCCACGGUGUGUCGAGUCCGGGCCGCCACGUGCGAACCAGGCUGUACUUCACUAGCGAGAGUCACGUGCACUCGCUGCUCACCGUGCUGCGCUUCGGCGGCCUGCUCGACGUAAUGAAAGACGAGCAAUGGCGGCGGGCUAUGGAAUACGUGUCUAUGGUGUCCGAGUUAAAUUACAUGUCGCAGAUAGUGGUCAUGUUGUAUGAAGAUCCCACCAAGGAUCCAUACUCAGAGGAGAGGUUCCACGUGGAGCUUCAUUUCAGUCCCGGUGUGAACUGCUGCGUCCAGAAGAACCUGCCGCCCGGCCCCGGGUUCAGGCCGCACUCCAGGAACCAUUCAACAGCCAACAACGAUAGCCCGUCUGACGAGGUGAAGUGUAUAGAAGAAGAAACAGAAGAUGAUCAAAUGGCCAGCCAGGAAACAUUACAACCGGACGCCUCCGAUGAGUUUGACAACACAUUCUCUCCGAGUAAAUCGUCCAAGUCAAAGUUGAGGCCGUCGGAUCCGAUACCUAUUUGCAACCUACACUACACCGUGAGCGGUCACGAGGCGUCCUCCCUCGCGGCGCGACUCAGCGAGGAGCUCCGCGCGCGACACCCGCGGGACGAUCGACACGCGCUACACCACACGAGCGAGGAGAGUGAAUCCAAAGUAUCAAUCGAGCCACAGCCGCGGGCGCGCAGCUACGACCAGAACAAACAGACUAACGACAAUGGUAAGCACACACACACACACACACAUACACACACACACAGAAGAACAACUGACCGAGGGAGUAGCGCGUCGGGUGCAGGACGCGCUCUCGGUCGGGCGGCCGUCAACCGUAACACAGGGACGACGCUAUCUCUCACCGGCACGCUUCUUAUCACAUACCUCUAUAUACGUUAUCUUAUUUAUAUAUUUUCUAUUCUGCUCUUCUUGAACGAUGUACUAAUCGGUUUUCUUUCUAUCACUACCCCCGUACUAACCGUUCUCCCCUGGUCUGGUCACGUGACGUUCUCUCCCCCCUCCCCCUGCCCGGCCCCAGCUCCCCUCACCCCCUCCCCGCCCGCGGUCGACGUGUCCGGUGUGGAGUCGUCCACUAACGAGCUGCCCCUGUCCGCGCUGACGUUCAGUCGUAAGAGCGCGGGCGGGGCGAGCGGCUGUAUCGUGCGGGGCGCAGGGCGGCGCCAGCGGCACAGCAUCGCCGGCCAGAUGAGCUACCUCAAGAUGUUGGGUCUGGGCGCGCGGGUGAAGCUGCCGGGCGGCGCGGGCCUGUUCAGCACCGCCGUCAUCUCGGGCUCCAGCUCGGCGCCCAACCUGAGGGUCAUGAUACCGGCCUCCUCCGCAUCCAACGCGGCGUUAGAGGGUUUCGGCGGCGUGCCGGCCAUCCGUCCGUUGGAGACGUUACACAACGCGUUGUCCUUGAGGCAGUUGGACGCCUUCCUGGAGAGAGUCACCGACACCGCGGCCAAGGCCGGGCCGCCGGCAGCAGCGCCCGCUAAACAACCAUCGCCCACUAAUAGCGUCGGUUGGAGCGGUCCGUCAUCUUUAAUGUCUUCGUCGGGAGAGUUACCGAGCGGCCUCUCCUCCGCCGAGCCCUCCUCCCCUAACAAUAACUACGCAGACAACAAGACGGAGAGUAGCAAUUGGAGUAAGACUGCGGCUGGGAAGUUACCCGACUGGGGCACGGACGCCGCGCUACGAGCGCUCGUCGUGGCCGCACCAGCAGGUUCGUCUAUUAGCGGCGACGUAACGCCGGUGUCAGUGGCGUCCGAGCUGGAUUUCAACAGUAACGAGGCCACAGCCGGCUCUAUGACGGAUCACGACCUUAUGAGUGCUGAUGGCGAAGACGAUGAAGAAACCUUAUCAGCAGACGCCUGCGGUUCAUCCGUCAAAUAUGUUAGAAACGAUAUAUCAGAGGCUAAUAUGUCAAAAAAUAGUACAUUAGACAAUAACGAACCCUCCUCUAGCACCGCUUAUGUAGAAUCAUAUGAUGUCAAUUAUCAACAUAUUAAGGAUACGUAUAGUGAUGUGCCAUCAAGUAGUAAAAUUUAUAACGUAGGUGACGAUAUAAGUAACACCUCGACCAAUGUGUCGCAAUACAGUUCCGAACUUUCAAACGUACAAAGUGAGGAAUGUAAAAGUAAAACAAACAAUGGCCUUAAAAAUGUACGUAAAAUUUAUAAUGAUAGUAGUGGUAGCAAGAAUAACAAUCAGUCCGGUUCGGGGAGAUUCACUACGACAUUGGUUUCCGAAGAAUUAUUAGAAGGAAAUAUGUCGAGUGAAGUUAAAUAUAGUACGUUAGAGCCAGCGGAGACGCCGCGUCACGUAGGACCGUUGGUUGUUAAGGCUAAAGUCGGUAACGUUACACCGGGUUUUACAAUUGACGAAGAUUAA